AUGCCCUCCCUACCCACAAUCCGCGCCUCAAACGCCCUCCUCCGAAGCACCCUGAAAAGCCCAACAGCCCUCUUCGUCGGCGGCACAAGCGGAAUCGGCGCGAGCACACUGCGCCAACUGGCACGGCACACCGAGAGUCCAACGGCAUACAUCAUCGGGCGCAACGAGACGCGCGCGAAGCCGUUUCUUAGCGAGUUGCGAAGCCUCAAUGGGAAUGGGAAAUUCCACUUCAUCGAGGCGGAUGUUUCGCUUGUGAGGAAUGUGGAUGUUGCGUGCAAGGAGAUUUUGGAUAGGGAGAACAAGUUGAAUUUUUUGUUUAUGACGCCCGGCGGGAUUUCGCUUGGAGGUCGGAACGAAACACCCGAAGGAAUCGACUCCCUCUUCGCCCUGCGCUACUACAGCCGCAUGCGCUUCAUAACGAACCUCCUCCCGCUCCUCGAAUCCACCCCAACCCCCGAACCAACGCGCGUAAUCAGCAUCUACGGCGGCGGCUUCGAGUUCCCCAUCGACACCUCAGACCUCGACCUAAAACACACAUUCUCGCUCCUAAACGCAUACAAGCACUCGAUCACAAUGACGACGCUCUCCAUGGAGCAUUUAUCAAAGUUGCAUCCGAACGUCUCGUUCAUCCACGCGUACCCGGGCCUCGUGGGCACGAACAUCUACAGUAAUAGUUUCCCGGCGCCCGUUGCGGCGUUUUAUAAUUAUGCUAUGUGGCCGCUCAUGUGGCCGUUUUCGGUUGGGGUGCAGGAGUGCGGGGAACGGCAUUUGUUUCAUUUGAGUUCGGGGGCGUAUCCUGCGAAGGGGGCGCGGCGGGCUGGGGAAUUAGUCGAUGGGGAGCAGGUUGCGAGGGGUGUGGAUGGAAGUGUUGGGAGCGGUGCGUAUCUGCUUAACUGGAAGGGCGAUGUACGAUCUAGUGCAAAGAUCCUGGAGCAGUAUCGACAGGAUGGGACGGCGGAGCUGGUAUGGAGGCAUACGGAGGAGCUGCUGGAGCAGGCCGUUCGGCAGUGA